AUGAUUCUUUCAAAGGAAGUCCCAGAUGAUGAAGACUUCGAUAAUGAAGUAUUCAUGGGCGUAUAUCAAUCAGCAAUUGAUUUAUACGGACAAAUUCAUGCAAGAUUUAUUCGAUCUCCUUUAGGAUUAGCCAUAAUGAAAGAGAAAUACUUGUCAGGGGAAUUUGGGAUAUGUCCUAGAGCUUUAUGUGAUGGCCAAAACGCACUUCCGCUUGGGGAAUCUGAAGAGUUAAGAGAGUAUGGAGUUAGGCUAUUUUGUCCUAAAUGCAAAGAAGCCUAUAUUCCAUCGAGAAGGUACGAGAAUGUUGAUGGAGCCUGCUUUGGGAUGUCUUUUCCACAUAUAUUAUUAGAAACUUACACAGAUUUGUAUAUAUAUGAGAAAGGGGAAGAGUUUAUCCCAAAGCUGUAUGGCUUUAAAAUAUAUGGGCACAGAGGCUCUGAGUACUAUGAGGAGCCAAUUGAAAUAGAGGAAGAAGAAAAAUUUGUUGAGGAGGCUAAAGAAGCUGUCAAUUAA